AAUGAGGUAAUUGCUGCUGAAAAUGUGGUCGCUGGGCUGUAGAGCAGCAAGUGUGGGUCGUUUCAGGCUGUAUUACAGAAGUAUAACUGCACACAGAACCGCUGAAGACUAAUAAUAACAAAACCGAGUUAUUAUUCAUCAGUAUCGAUUAACUGUUUUCAGUCAUGAAUCCUUCAACCAGCAGAGACGAAACAAGCCCGCCAGAGCACUACAUGCCUCAAUCAUCAUCAUCAUCAUCAGGAGGAGGAGGAGGAGGAGGAGGUUUGUAUCUGGAUGCCUAUGAGGUCUCUUUUCCCCUGGAGGAGGGUAUUGAGAGACCAACUGCAUAUCACCUGAACCAGGGUCAGCAGAUGAUGGACGAGCCUGUGGUUCAGGAGCCUCCUCACGCUCAGUACAGCCCUUUCAUCCUGGUCUCUAACCUGCGAGCUCACCUGUACGUCGCUCUGGAGAAGAAUGCCUGGCUGCAGAAGCGCAUCGAGGAGCUGGAGGAGGAACGCAACUUCCUGCGCUGUCAGCUGGACCGCUUCAUUGUCAGCAUGAGGGGCCCGGAGGAGUGGUGUGGAGACUCCCAGCGAGGUGUGAAGGUUCAGCCUGCCAGCUCUCCCUCUCCUCCCUCCCCCAUGACCACCAGGUCUGGAAUGACCCUGAAACGCCUGCAGGGACCAGGACCUCGGGCCCGCCGUAGCACUGCUGUCCCUGUCAAGCAAGAGUUUCGUCUGGAAGAGGAUAAGUACUACACCGAGGAGGAGUUCGUUGAGGAAGAGGACGAGGACGAGGAGGAGGAAGAUGAGGACUCGUCGGUGGAGAAGGGGUCAAAGAAGAAGGGCAGAGGGCGAGCCAACGGAGAGCCGAGGAUGAAGAUGAGGAGGAUCUUCAGGAUCACCCAUGGGAGGGAGCGACAGAGAGUUAAAGACCCAGACGGAGUUUUGAUUCGUUAUAAGAAGAUCCUGACCACCUACCAGAGGGUGAGGAGCAUGUCCCGGGCCUUCCAGAUCCAUGGAGUCGACCGAAACACCAUGGCCUCCACCUCCCCCAUCGCCGAGCUGCUGCUGGUGGCUCCAGAGAAGGUGGCAGAGGUUGGGGAGUUUGAGGCAUCAAAGGAGAAGCUUUUGGAUUACGCCCGGCGGUGCUACAAGACCAUGGACGACCUGACGCACACCAAGGUCCAGACCAUGAAGAAGACUCACAAGCUGCUGCCGAUCUCCUAUAGGUUCAGAAACUGACAGGAGGGACGAGAAAGAGUAAACCUAAACAUGUAGAGUUUUUGUUUUUGUUAUGCACUUUUUCAACUUAAAGUAAGUUUCAUUGCCUUAAAGCAAGAAGCAAAUAUAAGAAAAAAACGAGAAGAUUAGAUGCCAAAUUACAGGAUUAGUUUGGAUUUUUGCCAACAAGCUACUUGAUUUAUAUAAAUAUCUGUGUUGUUUUUUCCAGCUGUUGUUGGCAGAAAUAAAAUAUUUGGGGGUGUUUUUUGUGGGGGGGCAAUACAUGUAUUUUUCUCAAAUUGAAAGAAUAUCCUUAAUAAAAAGUGUUAAUCACAAAAAAAUUAAAUCAGCAAAUAUCUCCUUACAGUCUGUUACAUUAAUUGCUGUGUCGUUGUUCACUCAUGGUGUUUGUCAUGGUAUCCCUGCUCACUGGAGACCAGAUCAAGAUGAUCAAGAAAGGACCUUAAAAAAUUCUUUAAUGUAUUUGAGCAGGAUUGUCUGAGCCAGUCCAAGGCCUCUAAGUAGCUGGUGGACCGGCGCAGGUCCAUGAUGGACGAGGAGACCACUAAGUUUUUGCUUUUAAAGGUGCGGUAUAGGGCAAUUAAUCUAUGUGUAGCUCGGUCCAAGCCACUUUGUUUCUGAUUUACAAAGCCGGGGCUGUGUACAAACCCCAGAUUUCAUGAAAAAAGGAGAUAUUUGCUGAAUUUGACAAAAAUGUAUUGGAAUCUGUUACCCCACGUUUAACUAAUGUUAUAUAUGUUAUCCUUAGUUUUCAUCUCAAAGCGUACUUAUUGACUUUUCAAUGCCUAAAGACAUUUCAUAGAGCAAUAAUUAAAUUAGUCAUUUAGUCAUUAAUUAGUAAAUGUAUCAUUUUGGAGGAAGACCUUGAGUU